GAAAAUAAUAUCGUAUGACCUACAACACGAUUCAUCUUUUUGUGAAAUAUGAAAUUAGAAUCGUAGCAUAUUAUUACACAGGGAAAACGCGAAGGUCCUGGCUUUAAACAAGAUCUCGUGAGUUGAGCUCUUCAAAUUUAAAUUUGAGGGCAUUACUUUCUCUUUUCUUACUAAAUGUGCUUUUUUUCGUUGUUGUUGUCGGUUAUUGACCUUUUUUUCCCCACCUCUGUCUCUCUUAAGUCCAUUUACAAAACAAACUCCACAUUUAUGACAAUUAUUUAUAUAUAUGGCCUCGGCGGAAGAAAAGCAUGGUCCCGUGCGCGCGCUCGAUCUCUCAGCUCGCGGCUGUUGGAAUCGCGGCGAACGAGUUUCUCAGGACUGGGUCUUUGUGACACAUGUCAUGAACCCAAGUCACUUCUACAUCUGCCGUGUGGCUAAGAAGAAAGAGCGAAUGUUGCUGUGGAGAAAAAUCGACAUGUUGUGCUCUGAGGAUGGAGCUCUUUUUGCCUCGUAUGAUGUCCUUCACACAGGCACCAUGAUCUUUGUGAAAUGGAAGGAAAACACUUGGUGUCGAGCAGUCUUGAAGGAAGUGUUCCAAAGGGGGCUGGAAAAACCAGUGAUGAGGUGCCCUGCGUCGACCGUAUCCAGCGUGGAGGUCUACUUCUUAGACUAUGGCUUUUCCAAACAACUGUCUUUCUCAUUCCAUGAAGAUCUGAAUGAAGACCCAAUUCACCAGCUGAACCAGUGCCUCAGGAAAGUGGACCUGGCAGCAGAGUUUGAACUGAGUUGCUGGGCACCACAGGCUGUAAGGUGUUCUCUAAAGGACAUCGUACCAGCAAAUCUGGUGGACGGUUGGAGCCCAGAGUCCUGUGCAGAGUUCCAGCGAGUUGUUGGUACCAAAGUAGUGGAAAUGCAGGUGUUUGGGGAGGAGAGUGAUGUCCUGCUGGUGGAUCUGAAGAAAGCCCCCAUGGAUGAAAGCCUCUGUGACAUGCCAGUUUCGCUCAGAGAGUACUUGGUUUUCAUGGAAUUGGCUAGGUUUCGUUCACCUGUUUCCUGGAAUAGUAACAUGGUUUCCUGUGGCAAGCGACCCACACAGUUCCAUCUUCCCAUUCUUCCUGUAGUUGGAAUGGCUAUAAGUGCUGUGGUGUGUCAUGCGAACACUCCUUCUGACUUCUACAUCUGGCUGGUUGACAGCACUGAGUUGAAGUUCCUUAAUACUGAGCUGCAAAAGUACUACACGGAGUUUGGCCCACUUGGGCAGGACCUCGAAGUUUGCUGCCCUGUGCUGGAGCAGGCCUGUGUGGCUCAAUAUGACGAUAACCACUGGUAUCGGGCACAAGUCAUUGGUCUUCCUAGUGCUAGACAAGUGGAGGUGAAAUACGUGGACUACGGGGACACAAAGACCCUUUCUGUGAAGGAUAUUCGUAAGAUCAAAGAUGAAUUCUUAGCACUGCCUCCCAUGGCUAUUCACUGUUGUCUGGUGGAUCUGGAACCUCUUGAAGUAACAUGGAGCCAAGAAUGCAAGAAGAGAUUUCAGAACAUAGUGGGACAAAAGUUAUGGAUUGUGGUAACUGAUGGACCAGUUCAUACCGAAGUGAGUGCAGCACAGCAACUUCUGCCAGUCAGAUUGUUUGACAUGAGCAGCACCAGUGGCCGUUCGUGCAACAUUGGUGAUCUUCUGGUUGAAAAUGGCCUUGCUAGUUACAAGGUGACAUCGGGGAAUGAGGCAAAGUACACAGAAUCUGCAGUGUGGGAUCCCCCACUGGAGAGCCACUUGGAGGGAGAAAGUACACAGUGGUUUGCUCAUAAAGAUGUGAAGCCCAGUGUUCAUAUGGACCUUCGUACUGCCCUUCAGCUGCCCAACAGUAUGAAGGACUUAAGGGUGAGGGUCACACAUGUGACUUCCCCUCAGAGUAUUUUUGUUCAGCUCCAGCAGAUGGAUUUCAGUUUAAAGAGAGUGUGCGAAAUGUUAAAGGAAGAAUAUUCAGAGUCAGAAGCAGCGCAGGUAGAGUGGAAACCGAAAAUGUACUGUGCUGCCUACAUAAACGGAGUAUGGGAGAGAGGAGAGGUUUGCUCCGUGUCUUCGUCUACUACUGUUGAGGUACUGCGCUGUGACUUUGGCAGCAAAGUAAAACUUCACCCAGACAACCUGAGGCUACUGCAGCCACACCUGGUUGGAUACCUUGUCCUGGAGUGUUCACUUGCUGAAAUCAGACCUGCAGGAGGUAGCUCUACCUGGACUGCCACUGCAUGCGAUUUCAUUUCUAGUCGUCUCUCUGGUGCGUCGGCUGUCAUCACUGUCAAGAGCAGCAACCUUCAGUGGCCAGUGCCAGUGGUUCUGUGGUGUUCCAGUGGAGCAGGUCAAGAUGUCAACAUUGCUGAUGUAUUGUUCAGUAAGGGUCUGGCACUGAAGGACAAGAAGCCUCAUGCAUUAACACUUAAAAUGCUGGAGGAGGCCGUCCUACAGGUUGAAAACUUGCAGGAAGAGCAAGUCUCAUGGAAGCCCAAGUGUUGCACAAAUUUUCCAGAAAAGGUGAAGAAAAAACCUUACCUUCCACCAGAGCUACCCCAGUGUGGUUUAAUGCAGGUGAUUAUUACAGCAGUUGGAGAGGAUGGGGUUAUCUAUGCCAUGACUCGGCAAGCAGAGCAACAGUUUGAGCAGCUGCAGGAUGGUUUUCGGCACCACAUUAAGACUUUGCCAAGAUACAACUCCUACAGCUGGAAGAGUGGAUUGGGCUGUGCCAUUAUGGGCUCAGAUAUGUUUUGGUACAGAGGAGAGGUGUUGGAGGUCAUUGGCGUACAUGCUAAGGUGCGUUAUGUGGACCAGGGAUUGGUGGAGAACAUCCCAGUCUGCCAUGUUUAUCCCACAGUGCUGUGUGAAGAUGUGCCUCAACUGUGUAUACCUUGUCAGCUCCACAGUCUCAUUCCUGUGGGUGGAGCUUGUCAGUCAGAUUCUCUGGAUUUUCUGAAGGAGCUGCUGCACAUGCGCCAUGUGAAUAUGCUGAUAAUGGAGCUGCCUGUGGAUCCUUGGGGCAAUGUGACAGUCCGGAUAAACUUGGAUGGGAUGGACCUUAAUAGAAUCAUGAUUCAUCACCAGCAUGCUGUUGUGGACUCUACUGUGUCAGUAAAACAGGAGCAAAUGAAGAUCUCUUCUAUGACGGAACUAGACAACUGGGCCAUUGACACCGCUGGUAUAGAGGAUGCAGAGGUAGUUCCUGGGAGAUUCACCUAUUCAGACCUGCCUGGAAAAGGACAGCACUUCAGAGUUCAAAUCAAGCACCUCUGUACUCCAAAUGAGGUAUUCCUCAGCGUUUUGCCAGACGUGGAUAACUUGGACAGUGGAGAAAACCUGGAGGAAAGUCUGAAGCAUGUUAAUGAAGCAGUGGACACACUCCUGCCACUCACUGACUUUGCCAUUGGAAGGGCCUGCUUGGCAAAGUACAGUGAUGGAAAGUACUACAGAGCUGAGCUGCUAAGCAUUGAGGGUUAUAACCCUACCCAGGUUUUGGUCAGACAUGUGGAUUAUGGGUCUGAUGAUGUUGUACCUACAUACAGUAUGCGCCAGAUCCCUCCAUAUCUGCUGAAGUUUCCCUGCAAGGCAAUCAAGGUGAAGGUGGCAGGGUUCAAGGCCCCUCUUGUUAACAUGGAGAAGGAGAGGAUCUUGUAUCGCCCUGAGUGGAGCAUCAAAGCAAUGUUGGAGAUGAUUGACGCUGUCCAUGGGAACAUCACUGCCUCUGUUGUGUCAACAGAGCCAGAAAUGACUGUUCUGCUGUACAAUGAGAGAGGUGUUCUUGUUCACCGUGCUCUGGUGGAAAAAGGUCUUGCUGAUGAGGAUUAAGGACAGAGGACCUGCAGGUUUCCACUGUUCACUGUAUGUUACAGUAAUCAUUUGAUGUGGAAGAUGGUUAGGAUUAUUUGCAGUGACUUUGUAUUUGGCAUGCUAAGCAAUUUAAAAAAAUGCAGUUAAUAAAAAAGCUGCAUAAUUUAUUAAAGGGAGUUUUUUUCAGAAUUGUGUAUCUGCUAAU